AUGGGCUACCUCACUCGCCAAAGGUCAAGCUAUGCGCUCCAACAACGUCAUGUCUUUCUACCGGCCGUGGUCAGAUCUCGGUCUCCAGCAACAGAAGGGGACUUCAACAUUCAUAAGUCCAAUUCGACCUACAUCACUGAUCUCGAUGUAUCGAGAGCGCACCUCAGUGGGUUGCUCUUUGCGCCCGUCUUGUUGCAAAUUAAGUCUUCGGUGCAUUGCAACUUGAUAGUCAGCGCGAUUUCGUGCACGUUCCAUCGAGAAAUCAAGCCAUUCCAACCGUACGAAAUUUGGACCAGAGUUGCGAGCUGGGAUGAUAAGUGGAUUUAUAUGGUCACACAUUUUGUUGAUACGAGCAAAUUUUGGCCCAGUGGCUAUAUCAUGCAGGCCCAUACUUCGACUAACAGGAAGAUAGGAGUUCCGCUACCUCAUACAAGAGAACACAAAGCUGUGUUUGCAUCUGCUGUGACCCGGAUGGUGUUUAAAAGAGGCCGCUUAACUGUACCUCCGAAGCGUGCUUUGAAAAUCUGCGGUCUCCUACCGGCUCCGACAGCCGAAUCCCCGACGGCCGCAUCCUGUCCAGAUCCAGGGGCUGGGGUAACAGAGUCCGCUACCGGCUUCAGUGAAUGGACAGCAGAAGAUAUGACAUUGUAUAAAGAGACAAAUCUCCCAAUCGUGCGACUCGAGAGGGGUUGGGAUGCUGUGCGUGAGCUGUUCCGCGAAGAGCAGUUGGUGUUGGCAGAGUACAGGGACUUCACAUGGUGA